AUUUAGUUCUGUACUCACCUGUGAAGCGGCGCAGUUGUCGUGUUUAGUUUUCUUAACCUCAAUUGUCAAUCACGUGACGUGAAAUUAACCUUUCUAAAUUUCGUUGUAUUGGAGACCUACAGUUGCUGUUAUUAAAGUCCCAAUAUGGCAAUCAGGCCGGUGUACAGACCCACUAUUGUCAAAAAAAGGACAAAGAAGUUUAUUAGACAUCAAAGUGAUCGUUAUGAUAAACUUAAGAGAAAUUGGCGAAAACCUAAAGGUAUCGAUAACAGAGUUCGUAGAAGGUUCAAGGGACAAUAUCUGAUGCCAAACAUUGGUUAUGGAAGCAAUAAAAAAACACGUCACAUGCUUCCCACAGGAUUUCGUAAAGUUCUCGUUCACAAUGUAAAGGAACUUGAAGUUCUUAUGAUGCAAAAUCGAAAGUUUUGUGCAGAAAUUGCUCACGCAGUGAGUAGUAAAAAACGUAAGGCAAUUGUUGAACGUGCUCAGCAACUUUCAAUUCGUGUAACCAACGCUAAUGCACGUCUCCGUUCUGAAGAAAACGAAUAAACCCAAUUAUUUAUACUAUAAACAAUAAAAUAAAAAAAAAAGAAUACAAAAAUAA